GGAGAGCCACUCUGCCCCAUCAAUCACCAACGGGUCGACUGGCGGAGGGGGAGAGUUUUGGAAGGGGGAUGAGGGGGUAGUGAGGCGACAUGGCGGCCGGCGGGGAGACAGCUGCCUCUGGAAUCCGUCCCGCCGAUCCCUCCCGAUGUACAUGCCCCUGUAUUUUUGAUGCCUUGGAAUUGAUGUAAACAAAAUUACAGGAAACUAUUUUGGACAUCUGAAUCAGUAUCAAUUAUAGUUGCGAUAUUUCAAAAUGAUAGGCAAAUUAAAACACAACUUGCUUUUAGUAUGUUUAAUGAUCAGUUCACUAACUGUGUUUUACCUGGGCCGUUAUGCAUUAGAAUGCCAUCAUAACAUAGAUCACAACCAUAAACAUCCCAACAUGUUAGCUAACGGAAGAUCAUUAAGUUAUGUUUCAGGAACUGGAUUCAAAAAUAGUUCAAAAAGAUUUGCGUACAACAAAGACAUGCCAUUAAUAUUUAUUGGAGGAGUUCCAAGGAGUGGCACCACACUCAUGAGGGCCAUGCUUGAUGCUCAUCCUGAUGUUCGCUGUGGGGAAGAGACGAGGGUUAUUCCGAGAAUCCUGGCAAUGAAGCAUAUGUGGAGCAAAUCUGGCCGAGAGAAGCAGCGAUUGGAUGAAGCUGGAGUAACAGAUGAAGUGCUGGAUUCAGCCAUGCAAGCCUUUUUACUAGAAAUAAUUGUGAAACAUGGAGAGCCUGCUACAUACUUGUGCAAUAAAGAUCCAUUUGCUCUUAAAUCAUUGACAUACUUAAGUAAAAUUUUUCCAAAUGCCAAAUUCAUUCUAAUGAUACGAGAUGGUCGUGCUUCAGUUCACUCUAUGAUUACUCGAAAAGUUACCAUAGCAGGUUUUGAUCUCAGCAGUUACAGAGACUGCUUGACCAAAUGGAACCGUGCCAUUGAGACGAUGUACAACCAGUGUUUGGAAACUGGAUUUAAUAAAUGUUUGCCAGUACAUUAUGAACAACUUGUUUUACAUCCAGCAAAAUGGAUGAGAAAUGUUCUACAGUUCCUAGACAUACCUUGGAAUACAGCAGUUUUGCAUCAUGAAGAAAUGAUAGGAAAAGUGGGUGGUGUUUCUCUUUCUAAAGUUGAACGAUCUACAGAUCAAGUCAUCAAACCAGUCAAUAUUGAAGCCUUAACAAAAUGGGUGGGAAAAAUUCCACACGAAGUAGUUCGUGAAAUGCCAGUGAUUGCCCCUAUGUUAGCAAAGCUUGGAUAUGAUCCAUAUGCAAAUCCACCAAAUUAUGGAAAACCAGAUCCAGCAGUUAUUGAAAACACUAAAAGGGUCAUCAAAGGUGACUUUCAGCGACCUGAAUUUCUUAAAGAUCAGCCACAGGUUGAAAUAAAGAAGUCCAAAGAAAGAGUCAGAAAUGUUCCCCAUAAAAGCAGAUGAGGCAAUAACUAAACGAUGAACAAGGUUCCUUCCUUCCUGCUUCUCAGAAAAGAAGAAGGUUCUCAUCCUUGGAUAUGGAUCAGUAUUUUUGUUUAAAAACAUGUUGUAACAUACCAAUGUCAUCACAGUAAUGUGAAAUAAAGUUAUUAUUUUUUGUAUAUUUUCCCCACUUCUUAUGGGUUAAACCUAUUUCCUAAUGCUUAAGGACAAAUGUAUGCUACUGAAGAGUGCAUGUAAUAAUUCUUGACAACAGCAAUACUGAGUUAUUGCCUUAAUUAUAAAAGUAUCAACAAAUGACAGUUGAAUGUGUGUUCAUGUGCCCUUGAAGCUUAUUCAUAACAGAAAGGUCACCGUGGAUAAAAGAUUUUUUUUGUUGGUUAUAUUUUAAUGACAGAAUUUGUAACUAAUCUGCCAAAGGGGGUUUGAAUUAAAAAUGAAUACUUUUUUCCUAACUGCUUUGUAACAGUAAUUGUGUUCAUGUGAUAAAAUUAUAGCAAUUUUGUCUAUAUGCCUCCAUGUAGAAUGUGUAAUAGUAUUGGAACAUGAGCUAAUAUAAUACUUGAUUUACUUGUAUGGUUUUACAGGGUUUGCUGAUUGCUUUGGGGGCUGCAGGCCAGUUUCUCAUGGCCUACUUAAUUCAACAUCCAAUCAGUCAUGACUACUUUGUUCAAUAUACUAUGGGUGGUGCAACAUAGCAGGGUUCAAUUCUGACCAUGGCUAAUGUCUGUACAGUGUUUGCACAUUCUUGCUAUGAGUAUGUGUGCUUUUGCUGGGUUCUCUGCCUUGCUCCCAUAACCCCAACAAUGCGCUGUGACUUAAGUGGCUACUACAAAUGACCCUGCAGUGUAGAGGCAUGGCACAGAAACACAAAGGGAGGGUGAUGGGGCAUAUGAGUGUAAUUUGCAAGACCACAGACAAGUAAGGAAGCAGGAAUCAGACUGAUGGCAUUGGCCUGCUGGGAGCCAGCAUAGAAGUAAAUGGUUAGCUUCUGAUGAAGCUGACUUCCAUUCCUUAAAGCUAAUGUGUGGAAUGGGAAUUGCAGUUACCGGAAUCAUACUGAGAUCACAGGAAGAUUGAGUUCAAAACACAGACUGCCUUGGCAGGGGAGACUCGUGAUGUGUCAUUUCUUUCCCUUUCAAAAACCCAACAUACCAGAACUGAAAUCAAUGGAAUUAAUGAAUUGGUAGCCACAUAAAUAAAAGCAGAAAGCACGCUGGGACCACAUUUUUAUGUAUAAACAAAUGACUUGGGCAUGAGUGUACAAGGGAGUAGUUUCCAAUUUUGUGGAUGGUGCAAAGCUUGGCUGAGUCUUAAACACUAAGGGAUUUCAUAGAUGGCAGAGGGGCAGUGAUUGGCCGGCAGAAUGUAUAGAAAAGUGACAAAUAAAAUUUGAUGCAGGUAGUGUGAAGUUUGGGAGAAAGAACAGAGAGGGAUAGCUGAGAUUAACUGGCUCAGUUCUGUGACCUGCAUACAUCCUUGAUAAUGGCAGAGCAAGUUGAGAGCAUCGUUUCAUCAUGCAGUGGUCUAUGUGGGAGUCAAGAGCCAUGGUGUCAGCAGUUAAGCUUUGUUGUCCAGUAGAUACCAUCUGGUUUGUCAAUGUUCCUUAAAUGUAACACUGUACACUGCUGGGAAAUUAAGGCAUUAUCUUGGCUCUUCAGGUAUUAUUUAAUGACUUGCAUAAUUCACUGACUUCAUACUAGCUGGACAUUGGAAUGGAGCCUCUUUCAGUUAUAUGCAAUGAGGUGCAAUUGAAAAAGCCUGUGACCCUAGAAAAGCAGAUACUUCUCCAGUUCUCGAAAGAGAAUGAAGCAUAGCUGUCUUCAAAUAAGGAUACCAGUAGCUUCCCUCAAGUAGUAGUGAAUGUGCAGGAAGAAGCAAGGUUUCAAAAACCAAUUACUCUUUGAAUUUGACACUGCAGUACUUUCCAAAUUUCAUUUUUGUAUAUUUUUAUUGAAGCAAAGCAUAGUGUUCUUUGCUGAGGUUCAAAUUAGACCCUUCCCCUUUCUCUCUCCUUCACUUCAACAGCUAUUCCUGCCUCAUCACAUGCACUCUACUCACAUCCACAGUGGUGCUGGUGCAUAUCUACUGAUUCAUCAACAGCUGGGAACAAAUGAUUUUUUUUUUCUUUGCAGAAGCCUUGCAGUCAGCAAAAUUUUCUUCAGCUUUUGCCAAUAAUUGCCUACAAUCUUUUGCAACUUGAAACAGUUGUAGAAAGUGCUAACCGCUUAUGGCAUCAUAGCAACAACCAUAAACACAUCAACCAGCAACUCUCCAAGUUGUAUUUGUUCUUUUAGAAUAAUAUUUGCAACACUUGAAGGACUCUCUUUUUGAUAUUUCAAUGUACAAUGUGUAUUAAAAUAUAUGAUCGAGUUGAUGUAUCUCCUUCCAGUUGUAAGAGUGAUUGAGAAUAAAAUCUGAACAGUUGCCAUAUGUAUAUGUAUACCCCACUUAAUUAUGCAGUAUUUUCUUAUAAGCUCGAAAACAUUUCAAUGUAAUCUUACCGUAUUGAUUCCAAGAAAUCGUACGCGGAAUUGUACUUCUGAGAGAAGUUUAUCAU